UUAUUCUAUAUUUUUGCAUAUAAAAGCCGACAAUGCACAACAUGCGAGGAAAAGACCAACCUAAACCUCACAUGCCUGCUUUCUCAGCUCACUAUCUUGCUACUGAUUUCUCAUCAAAAAAGCUGAGAAAACGAUGGAAAAUGGUGUGGACAAAGUUACGAGGGUCUUGUUUUGUGGCUUUGAGCAUCCUGCUUCUCACAGUUACACUCAGAAAUAUUUGGAAAAUUGCCCAUUUAUAAAGAUAGAUGUGCUAGCUCAUGUUGAUGUGCCUGAUUGUAUACAUAAAUAUCAUGUAUGUGUAGUCAAAAUGUUCCGCCUAGAUUCACAGAUGAUUGCUAGAGCUGUUAAAAUGAAACUCAUUAUACAGUUUGGUGUUGGUUUAGAAGGUGUUGAUAUUGUUGCUGCUUCACAACAUAAUAUUAAGGUUGCAAGAAUUCCAGGAAAAUUAUCUGGGAAUUCCAAAGCAUGUGCUGAAAUGGCAAUUUAUUUGAUCUUGGGUCUUCUAAGAAAGAAGAAGGAGAUGGAAGAAUCAAUACAGAGGAAAAUUGUAGGUCAACCUCUUGGUGAUACACUUUUUGGGAAAAACGUCUUUAUUGUCGGAUUCGGAGAUAUCGGCUAUGAUCUUGCUAAAAUAUUGCGCGGUUUCGGUGUAAAAAUUCUUGCAACAAAAAGAAAAUGGAAUUUUAAUUCCAAUAAGCAGAAUGGAUCUACUAAUGAUAAUGAUGAUCGUAUCUCCGAUAAACAAAUUGAUGCAAUUGGUGAACUGGUUGACAUAAAAGGAAGUCCACAAGAUUACUAUCAAUUUGCUGCGGAGGCUGAUAUAGUAGUCCUUUGCUUGACAUUAAAUUCAGAAACAGCUGGUAUAAUCAACAAAGAGUUCCUUUCCUCUAUGAAGAAAGGUUCUAUGCUGGUAAAUAUAGCAAGAGGUGGUGUAGUAGAUUACAAAUCAGUGUAUGAAAGUUUGAAAUCAGGUCAUCUUGGUGGUUUAGCAAUGGAUGUUGCCUGGCAAGAACCAUUUGAUCCUCAAGAUCCAAUACUGAAAUUACCAAAUGUUAUUAUUACUCCUCAUGUUGCUGGUGUCACUGAGCUUUCCUAUACUUCAAUGGCUAAGAUUGUUGGUGAUUGUGCCAUUCAACUCCACAAUGGGCAUGCACUCAAAGGAAUUCAAGUAGUCAACUGAAGAACAAAACACUAUCAUUGUUCCUCUGCGUAUUAUGUCUUGUUAUCUGUAAAGCAUCAUUCUUUGCAGUGAACUGUGAGAACAAAACACUAUUAUUGUCCCUUCAAGCAUUAUGUCUUCUUAUGA